GUCCUCCUCCCCUGUUGUCCCAUCCCCGAACCAACCACAAGUAGCAACAAAAAGAAGAAGAAGAAAAGAGAGCAGGAGAGCACAGCUUACCUAAUUGUAGAAAGAAAAAGAAAUGGUCGCCGGUUUCCGCCGUUCGUUGUCCCUCCCGAUGCCAAAUCCCAGCAGCCCCGCCCGCAAAGGCCGGGCGCUGCCGGAGAAGGCCUACCACGUCCGAUCCAUCAGUCUCCCGUGCCGCUCCCACCCGGCCGUCGCCUCGCUCGAAGACGAGAUCCGCGCCCUCCGGGCCUGGCAGACCUGCCCGGAGCCGGAGUCCGGCUCCCCGGCCUGGAUCUGCGCCGGCCUCGCCCGGAUCGACCUCCUCCACGCCUCCCUUGACGACCUACUCCAGCUUCCCCAGGCCCAGGACCCCCUCCGCCACUGCUCCUCCGCCCUCUGGACCGAUCGCCUCCUGGACGACUUCCUCCGCUUCGCCGACGCCUACGGCUCCUUCAGAUCCGUCCUCAUCUCCCUCAAACAAACCCAGUCCGAGCUCCAGACCGCCAUCCGGCGGCGCGACGAGGUCCAGGUCGCGUCCUCCAUCCGGUCCCAGAAAAGAAUCGAGAAAGAUCUGGCCAAGCUCGCGGUAUCCAUUCGAGAAGCAUCCAGAUCGCCCGCGCCGGCGCUGGCGGCGGAUGCGGAGAUGGCGGGGUUUAUGAGGGAGGUGACGGCGGCGACGGCAAUGGCUUCGGCGGCGAUUUUCUCGGGGAUCGGGGCGGUUUCCUCCGCCGCUUCGGCGGUGGCGGCAUCUACGUCGAGGGCGUCUUCUUGGGCGGUGGGGCCGCUGAGGAAGCUAUCGAUGUCGCGGUCGUCUUCGUUGAAGAGGACGGAUUGGGAGGAUGGGACGUUGGAGAGGUCGGAGGCGUUGGAGGAGUGCAUCGAAUCGUUGGAGAGCAAGAGCGAGAGGGUGUUUAGGAGUCUGGUUAACACCAGAGUCUCGCUUCUUAACAUCCUUACUCCCUCCUUGUAGAAUGGAACAGAAAAAACGAACAGGAAAUCUAUACCGUAUAAUGUUACGAAAAAAAGAAAGAAUAGCGUGAAGCUGGAGAUGGUGGGGUUUGUUACGUUUGUACACUUUUCAAAGAAAUAUUUUCCUCUCCUAUGUGACCAUACAUGUUUGAAUUCGUUUUGAGUAUAUGAAAAUUUGUGUUUAUUUUGUA